AUGGAGGCCGUCACCACCCGAGGCGUUCUCAAAAUCACGAUACUUGCGGCUGUAAUACAUCUAUUACAAAAAGAAUAUCGCCGCCAACGGAAAGACGGGAUCGCGGCCGUGAGACCGCCGUGCCUGCGUCCGCAGCCGGCCGGGCUAGACCUCACGGGAGGCCCGUACACACACGGGGCGGUCGCCGCUGACGCCCUGGAGUGUUCUGCCAUAGGCAGGGAUAUUCUGCAGAAGGGCGGUUCGGCUGUGGACAGCGCCAUCGCGGCGCUAGCUUGUGUGGAGCUGGUACACGGACACAGUGCAGGGGUCGGUGGGGGGUUAAUCAUGACGAUAUACAACAAAGAGACAGGCACGGCCCAGGUCAUCAACGCGCGAGAAAAAGCCCCAUCCGGAGCCUCCACACACAUGUUUGGAAGUAACAACAUCAGUGCACAAUUCGGUGGGCUGGCUGUGGCCGUACCGGGCCAGGUCCGGGGGUUCUGGGAGGCACACCAGCGACACGGGAAGCUACCGUGGAAGGACCUGUUCCAACCGGCUAUUCAAAUGGCCGAACAGGGCUUCUGUAUCGGCAGACCGCUGCAGAAUGCCAUCAGUAAGAACCUAGAGUUCAUCAACGAUCCGAAGAACCACUUGUGUGACGUGUUGUGCGACGAAAACAACAACGUCCUGGGCGUGAACAUGACGAUGAAGCGGCCCCAGCUUGCAGAGACGCUCCGUGCGGUUGCCGAUGGAGGUGCAGACGCCUUCUACACGGGAGAGAUCGCCAGGAAUCUGGCCAAGGACAUACAGGACGCAGGUGGCAUCAUCACUGAGGAAGACCUCCGGGACUAUCAGGUGGAGGUUUCGGACCCGCUGAAGACUUCUCUGGACGGUGGACUGACGCUGCUGACCCCGCCUCCACCGGGAGGGGGCGCUGCGUUAAGUCUCAUGCUCAACAUCUGGGACGGUUACGGUCUGAACGCCUCCAGUGUAGACGGGGUAGAUAACCAGGUCCUGACGUACCACAGGAUGCUCGAGGCCUUCAAGUUCGCAUUCGCCAGGAGAACGGAGCUCGGAGAUCCAAACUUCGUCGAUGUGAAGGAGGUCGUGCAGAAGAUGACGUCCAAGUCGUUCGCGGACUCGCUGAGGCAGCGGAUCAGCGACACGGAGACACACGACUGGAGGUACUACGACCCGGUGUACUACGUGCCGGAGGACGGCGGCACCACGCACGUGUCGGUCCUGGCGCCGGGCGGAGACGCCGUCUCUCUCACCAGCUCCAUCAACAGAUACUUUGGUGCCAAGUUCCGCUCAAAAUCCACAGGAGUCAUCCUCAACAACCUGAUGAUGGACUUUAGCUUUCCAGGAAUGAGCAUACCCUAUUACAUUCCCGGAAGUCCAGCGAACUUCAUCGAACCAGGCAAGCGGCCGCUGUCGUCCAUGGCUCCCUUCAUCGUGCUGAACAGCACCGGUGACGUCAGGCUGGUGAUGGGGGCCGCCGGGGGGCUGAGAUGUGAGACGACCUUGGCAUACGUGACGAUGCAUUGCCUCCGCUUCGGCACGAGUCUGGCGUCAGCGAUAGAGCUGCCCCGUCUGCACCACUCCCUAACGCCCAACAAGUUCAUCACUGAAACCAACACGCCGUUCGAGCCAAAGGAAGUCUUUGAUCGACUAUCAGAGAUUCACCGGACGAAGAACUCCACUAUCAUGGCCGUGCUACAGGGCGUCAUACAGGAAGGCUCUGCAAUAUUCGCACACUCCGAUUCGAGGAAGGAUGGUUGCCCAUCAGGCUUCUGAUGAUGAAGAAAAUUCAUAAAACUUUCGAUUUAAUAAUUAAUGCCUAAAUUCAGCUCCCUCGCCAUGCAUGCGAUCUACAUCCUCAGGCUAAAUUUUUCUAGAAAAAAAAUGGUUAUUAUGCUUUA